AUGAGAGUUGGGGCAAAAAUUGGUCGGCCGAUCAACAUCGAUACUGCGACGAGCUUGGUCUCGAGGGCUAGUUUUGCACGAGUGUGCGUGGAGGUUGAUAUCACAAAGCCACUCUUGGCUAAAUUCACACUGAGAAACAGGGUAAGACCAAUUGUGUACGAAGGAUUACAUCUCAUAUGUUUUAAGUGUGGUACUUACGGGCAUAAUGCCGAAGCGUGUAGUUUAAACAGAAAGGAAGUUACUACACUGAGUGAUAACAUGGAUGGCAGUGAGUCACCGGAAAAUGAUGCCGGCGCCGGCAACAGCCAAGGAAAUGAUAGAAGGAAAACUUAUAGGGAAACUACCUUAUUUAGACCAGAAAUUACGGAAGACUAUGGAUCAUGGAUGGUAGCUACAAAGCCAAAGAGGAAUUAUUCCAGGAAUCAAGGGAACGGGAAUCAAGGAGGGAAAGAUAACGGGAAGAUUGAUCAACAUGCGAACACAAAAGGAAAAAAUAGCAGCGCACACCAGGGGUCAAGAUUUGCUUCCCUUGCAGAGAAUAUAAAUGAGGAUGAAGAGCAAGUCACGGAGGGUAACAGUCGAGAACAAAGUGCGAAACAGAGCCAGAACCAGGGAACCAAACGAGCGGCCCAAGCGAAAGGAAAAAGGCCAACGACCCAAAUCUCAGAGAAACAAAUAAUGGGUAACAACAUGCAUGGCAUGCAUAGAACUCAACAUGAAGCAGGGGAGACCAGUACAAGGCGUAACAGUCACAAGAAAACCCAGGGGACACAAAGCAAUCAGGCUGGAGCUGCAACAGAGCACACCUUAGUCACAGGAGACAAGAGCGGGGCCAAAUCCACCCAAGUUUCUGAAACAGAACACGAGGAUCACGCAGAUGGCAUGGAUGGGUUGGAGCUGCUCACCGAACACCAUGGUGACCCCCCGUGUAAUGAGCUACCUGAUAGACCAGAGAUGACGAGCAUUCCCGUGGACCAGGGGAUUCCUGAGGAGACUGGCGUCGAUGCCAUGGAGAUGGAGUUGUGA